GGCCCGCAGGCGCGGCGCGGCCCGGCCAUGCCGGCCAAGAGGAAGCCGGUGCUGCCGGCCCUCACCAUCACUCCCAGCCCCGCCGAGGGACCCGGGCCCGGCGGUUCCGCAGAGGCCAACCUGGUGGACCUUCAGAAGAAGCUGGAGGAGCUGGAGCUGGAUGAGCAGCAGAAGAAGCGCUUGGAAGCUUUCCUCACUCAGAAAGCCAAAGUGGGAGAGCUGAAGGACGAUGACUUUGAGAGGAUCUCCGAGCUGGGGGCUGGCAACGGUGGUGUGGUCACCAAAGUGCAACACAAACCCUCAGGGCUCAUUAUGGCACGGAAGCUGAUUCAUCUAGAAAUCAAACCAGCCAUCAGGAAUCAGAUUAUCCGAGAGCUGCAGGUGCUGCAUGAGUGUAAUUCCCCAUACAUUGUGGGUUUCUAUGGGGCCUUCUACAGCGAUGGAGAGAUUUCCAUCUGCAUGGAGCACAUGGAUGGUGGCUCCCUGGAUCAAGUGUUGAAAGAAGCCAAAAGAAUCCCCGAGGAAAUACUGGGGAAAGUCAGCAUAGCGGUUCUGAGAGGUUUGGCCUAUCUGAGAGAGAAGCACCAAAUCAUGCACAGAGAUGUGAAGCCUUCCAACAUCCUGGUUAACUCUCGAGGAGAGAUUAAGCUGUGUGAUUUUGGGGUCAGUGGUCAACUCAUUGACUCCAUGGCAAACUCUUUUGUGGGAACUCGGUCCUACAUGUCUCCUGAACGGUUGCAGGGCACCCAUUACUCAGUCCAGUCCGACAUCUGGAGCAUGGGUCUGUCACUGGUGGAGCUUUCUAUUGGAAGGUACCCCAUACCCCCACCAGACUCCAAGGAACUGGAAGCAAUAUUUGGCCGUCCCGUGGUGGAUGGGGCAGAGGGAGAAUCUCACAGCGUCUCGCCACGGGCCAGACCCCCAGGACGCCCCAUCAGUGGCCAUGGAAUGGACAGCCGACCUGCAAUGGCCAUCUUUGAACUGCUGGACUAUAUCGUUAAUGAGCCACCUCCCAAGUUGCCAAAUGGAGUUUUCACGCAAGAUUUCCAGGAGUUUGUAAAUAAAUGCUUAAUUAAGAAUCCAGCGGAACGGGCAGAUUUGAAGAUGCUGAUGGUAAAUGGGAAGAGCAAUCUUCUUUCUACAAAUCACACCUUCAUCAAACGCUCCGAAGUGGAGGAGGUGGAUUUCGCCGGCUGGCUGUGCAAAACACUGAGGUUAAACCAGCCCAGCACACCCACCCGUGCCGCCGUGUGAUGGCCGAGCCGACUGCCUGCUGUCAGUACAUCUGCCUCUGUCACCAUUCCCUGUCCUUCAGCACACAACAGAACUGCCCUCCUUCCUUCCCCCCACCCCCUCCAGCCCCAUCCUCACCUCGCAUCCCACCAGCAAAGCAACCAUCACUUGGAAACGUUAAUCAGCUGCCCCCCCCCAGCCCCCCUCCCAGUCCCCCUUCCACCCCCAAGCAAACAUGGGCUUGGUUUCUGUUGGUCUGGGGGUAUCCUGGGCCUCUGCUCCAGCUUGGAGCUCUUGACACUUGGGAAAUGUGCUGCUUAUGUUAAUUUUUUUUUCCUCUUUUGGUUUUUUUUUUUGGAAACAUGUUCACUUGGGUUAAAAAAAAACAAAAGAAAGCGUGUGCAUUGGUGUAUGUGUGUGAGAUGGGGGCAGGGGGUGGGCAUAUGGGAGUGGGCAUACGGCUGUGGGGAGGGGGCUCUGCCUGCUGCUGUGCUCCUCAGCUGGGCUAUGAGCAUCAAGAGGGGAAAUGGGUGCUGCCAGAAGGGGAGAAACCUUGCAGGGUGUCCAGCCAUGGCAGGUGCUGUGCCACGAGGCUGUGGCAUUGCUUAGAGCUGAGCUGGGUGCUGCUCUCUCUCUUUCUCCCUGUGAGUAAAGGAGGCACGUGUGGUUUUACUCGUGGUGGUGUUAAUUGGGGUUGCUUUACGACCUGUUUCUGGUGCACUGGAUGUUGGCUGAGUUGUCUUGAUGUGCUAAGUGCAGGCUGAGCUCCUGGCUCGGGUGGGGAAAGGUGCAGGGCAGCCGGUGGGCUCUGCUGCCCCUCCUGCAGGCAGGCCUGGGUGCACAGAGAGCAGGUGCUCCACUGUUUGAGCCCCUGUUUGAGCCCCUUGCAGUGCCAGGCAGUGGGUUUGGUGCCUCAGGCAAGAUCCAUCCCUGGGUCUGCUGUGCCUCAGGCAGAGCAGUCCUGGAGACCCCUCUGGUCUGCAGGCCUCCUCCCUACAGCUGUCCCCCACCUUCCCAAGCCAAGGCCUGGGGUCUGGUGGGGUGUGUUUGGUGGCAGUUGGGGCCAUGGAGGGGCUGGGCCAGGCCUGGAUCUUGCUUGGGGGGGGGGGGGGGGGGGGGUUCAGUCCUCUCAUGCUCUGUCCCACUGCUUCAGGGUUUUCAAAGGCUGCUCUGUGCCCUCCACACUCACUCUUCACCCCACUGUCUCAGGAAGGAUGAGGGCCCUGCUGAUAGCAGGGCUGAGCCAUCGCCGUGCAUUCACCCCCAUCCCCUCAGGGCUGACUAUGCCUUACACAGCCCCAUCUCCUCCUGAGGGGGUUGAGCCUCCUUGCUUAUUUAUUAUUAUGGGAUUUAUUACUUUGCUUUUCCCUUUGCAGUUUGCCAAGUGACUGCUGGAUGCUCCUCUGAUGGGGCAGGCCUGGUAGUCACUCUUUAGGCAGUAUGUUGCCUUCUUAACCCCAAACCACAGCCCCUUCCCCAUUGCCGGGCUGGGGGUUGGCAGCAAAGUGCACCGGGCAGUUACUGUUGUUUUUUGCCCCUUAGGUGCAAGGUGGGGAGAUGGAGAGUUCAUAAAGCAUUAGGGUUAUCUGUGGCUUGUUUCACUUUGGUGUUGGGUUUUGGAAGGGGAAAAUUCAUAUGGAGCCUUUUGUUGGGUUUUUGUUUGUUUUGGUUUUGUUUUUUUUUAACUAAAUAUUUUCAUCAUGGAAAAAAUAAUAAUAAAUGGCACUUUACAUUUA